UGAGGCCAAAACUUGAAAUUCAUAAGAACUCCAUGAUGGCAUCAUCCUAGAACACCUCAAAUCCGCUGAUUUCACGGUUAAAAGUUAAGAUUCAAAGGUGAAAAAGAUGAAGGAGUGCGUGUAGAUCAUAAAAGUACAAGAUUUAGGUUGAAAACUUACAAGAAACGCGAGAAAUCGAGAGAAAGAAGGCUUGAGUGCGGCUGGUCGAGUGGAGGAGCUGUCACAUCACAAAUGAUGUGACAGGAGGGUAUUUAUUGGGUUUUCAAAAGAGGAAAGUGCACAAGGGUCGGAUUGGCCACCGAUCGGAUGGCGCCUUGAUCGGAUGGCAAUCCGAUCGGAUGGUAAUCCGAUCGGAUGGCCACUCGAUCGGUUGUCCAUUUGAUCCAGGUGUCCGGCGUGUUGAGUUUUGUCUUUUCGAUUCGCGUGUUGAGCGUUGCGAUGCGUUUCGAGCGAGCGAUGUGAUAGAUUAAUAAUAAACACACAAAUACUAUAUCUAACAUACAAUCGUCUUAAAUAUCUUGCGUUUUAGCGUUUGCGGUUCGAUUAUGAUAGAGUUGCGAUUGCGUUUCGAUUGCGAUAAAGCGAUAAAACACGCGAUAAACAUCGAUUAAACCUCGAUUAUUAAUAGAUACUCCACAUAAUACAACUAAAGCGAUUAAAAUAAAAGAUUCGAUUACAAGUCAAAGAAGUCAAAACAGUAGUUGAGCAAGGAGUGACAGAUCGUAAUUAGCAAUCUUUUCUUCCUUUGACUUCAAUCUUGACCUUGACUUUGACUUUCGAAACACGGGGUGUUACAGCGCCUUCAUGUCGCUUUCGAGUUCCCAGGUGAACUCUGCGGGUACUUCGCCCUCAUGUCGCUUUCGAGUUCCCAAGUGAACCCGUUUAUCGCACCUUCAUGUCGCUUUCGAGUUCCCAGGUGAACUUUGCGGGUACUUCGCCCUCAUGUCGCUUUCGAGUUCCCAGGUGAACCCGUUUAUCGCGCCGUUCGUCGCUUAUGCUAUCGUUAACUGUUCAGGCUAAUCUCUCAGCGCUCCCUUCAAUCCAAGAGAGUGUUUACUUGUUAAACGCUAUCUGUGAGUAUACUCGAUCCCCUUUUUGCUUUACGCACUUUUGGGUGUUACAUACGUUACUUAUUCAAAACACAAUCGACACACAACGCAAACACUAUUUAUACGCUGACCUUUAAUGCAUGCUACAUGUUAUUCGAUGAAUGCUUGUAUGUUAUGUUAACACAAUGAUUGUUGCCUGACACCUUAGCAACGAUAGUACUAUAGUUUGGACUCACAUUUUGUCUAAAUAAUAACUUUUUAUCGAUUAAUGUUUAUCAUUGUAAUUUUGUUAGCAAAUUUAUAAUGUUCAGAAUAUGGCAUUUCGUAUUUGUAUCUUAAUGAAUUAUGGUUAAAGCAUUAUAUUCUUAUGAUUGAUUUGGUGGAAAGAUUGAUCUCUAGUCUAAAACAAAACCUUGUAAUACACAGUUCAUAAGCUAGUAAUUUUAUACAAACUAACAUGGUAUAACGUCAAACUAUUACCACUGAUUAACACACUUAAGAAAGUUAAAAUAAAAGACAUCUACAUAUUUACGUAACAACAUAUAUUAAAAUAGUCAGCCACCAAGAUUUUCUUGAUGUUAUAGUGAUAGUCUUCACCUAUAUAUAGGAACUUAAAAUCGAGCUACAAACACAACUAAUCCGAAAUCUCAUAUUCUCUCUUCAUCCACAACAAAGAUGGAGUUCUCUUUCACAACCUUCCUUGUGUUUUCUCUUUUUGUCUUCCUCCUUAGUAAACUCUUCACCCCUUCAAAACCAAAACAAAAUCUUCCUCCAGAGCCAUGGAGACUCCCAAUUAUCGGACAUAUGCACCAUUUAAUAGGCUCACUACCGCACCGUGGUCUACGCGACUUGGCCCUCAAAUACGGGCCUCUAAUGCACCUACAACUCGGUGAGCUUUCAACGAUAGUCAUAUCCAACCCUCGCUGGGCUAAAGAGGUCUUAACCACUCAUGAUAUCGCGUUUGCGGACAGACCCGUGGUCUUAACCACCGAGAUUGUUGCAUACCAAAACACUGAUGUUGUAUGGUCUCCUUACGGCGAUUACUGGAGGCAACUACGAAAGAUUGUCACGUUGGAACUUCUAAGUGUCAAAAAAGUGAAGUCUUUUAGUUAUAUUCGCGAGGACGAGUGUUAUAAUCUUGUUAAAACACUUCGUGGGUCUGCUGGCUCGCCAGUGAAUCUUUCACAAAUGAUUUUCGACACGAUUGCGAAGAUCGUAUGUCGAGCAGCAUUUGGUAAAGGAUGCAAAGACCAAGAAGAGUUUAUUGAUAUUGUUAAAGAGUUGUUUAAGUUAACAGGUGGCUUUGAUGUGGCUGAUGUGUUUCCGUCCAAGAAAAUAAUCCAUACGCUCACGGGGAAGAGGCCGAAGCUCGAAAGCAUACAUAAGCGACUCGACAAGAUCCUUAGCGACGUGAUAACCGAGCACCCCGGACAACAUGCAAACACAAGCGAUCAGGAGUCUCUUCUUGAUGUCUUGUUGCGGCUCCAAGCCAGUGGUGAAUUCAAGUUGAGUACAAAGAAUGUCAAGGCUGUGACUUUGGAUAUGUUCGGAGGCGGAACCGAUACGUCAUCCGCAACAUUAGAAUGGGCGAUUUCCGAACUAAUAAAGAAUCCUCGGGUGUUGAAGAAAGCACAAGCCGAACUCAGGGACGCGCUCAAAGGAAAGGAGAGGAUUGUAGAGUCAGAUCUUCAUGAUCUUGACUACUUAAAGCUAAUUGUACGAGAAACAUUGAGAAUGCACCUCCCACUUCCAUUAUUAUUCCCUAGAGAAUGUAGGGAAGCAUGUAAAAUAGGGGGAUACGAUAUACCCCUCAAGACCAAACUUCUUGUCAAUGGAUGGGCUAUAAAUAGGGAUCCUGCAUAUUGGAAGGACCCUGAUAGCUUCAUACCCGAAAGGUUUAGCGACAACCCGACGAAUGUGUUGGGUACAGAAUUUGAAUAUCUUCCUUUUGGUGCGGGAAGAAGGAUGUGUCCAGCAGCGGUCCUUGGGAUAGCGAAUGUCGAGGUUCCAUUAGCGCAUAUGCUGUAUUACUUCGACUGGGAGCUCCCGAACAACAAGCCCGGUGACGAGUUGGACAUGGAUGAGGUGUUCGGAGCAUCUGUUCAAAGAAAGAACGAGCUGUACUUGGUUAUGAAGCCCUACAACUUUGGCAAAAACUAGUAUACUGGAACUUUUUAAGGUUCAUGUGUCAUGCAGUAUCUCUUAAGUUCAAUUUAGCUUUUGUACUGUGAUUUGCUUUGUGGAAAGUAGUUGUUUUGUUGUAAUAUUUGUUUAAACCCCAUAAAUAUAUAAAUAAACGUGCAUGACCCAAAUUACUAAAGUAAA